AUGCCACCACACCCUAUCAACCUCCCAUCCCUCCUCACCACCGCCCUCUUCCUCCUCCUCCUCCUCAUCGGCGACCACCGCCGCCCGACCUUAGCCGCCGUCCACUCCCUCAUCUACGCCGCUUGCUCCCCCGACAAGUACCCACCAAACACGCCCUACGAGACAAGCCUCAAUUCUCUCCUCUCGUCCAUCGCCGCCUCCUCCUCCAAUGUCCUCUACAACCACUUCUCCACCGCGGCAGAGCCGCCGCCUCCGGGCGGUGAAUCUGCCCCGACAACAGCUUACGGCCUUUACCAGUGCCGAGGCGACCUGACACACAGGGAUUGCUCCCUGUGCGUGGCCGACCUGCUCGGACAGAUGUCUCGACUCUGCCCGAGCGCAUACGGAUCGAGCGUGCAGCUCGACGGGUGCUUCGUGAGGUAUGAGGAUACGGAUUUUGUCAGCGUGCCAGACGACGGGUUAAGGUAUCGGAGGUGCCGUGGUGGUGGCGGUGGUCGGGAUUUUGUGAGGAGGAGAGACGGUUUGUUGGAGGAAUUGGAGGGUCGGGCGAGGGAGGAGGCUACCGGGGGGUGGUUUGGGGCGGUGGCCGAAGGGGGCGUGGAGGAGCUUUGCCUACCGAACUAUCCGCGUUUUUACACUUUGCCCACUCAACUUUUUUCGGUGACACUUUACCCCUUGAACUUCAAAUAUUCUUGCACUUAA